UCUAUUACUCCAAAGUUAAUAUUCUACAAGGACUAUCACACUAUGACAGAUACAUGAGAUCUGACUUACUUUAUAGGACAUUUAACUACUUACAUCGAAUGAAAAUUAAAUGGAAAAUACUAAAAAACGAGACACUUAUAACCGGCUAACAUUUAAGAUUUUAAAUGAUUUUACAUAAUAUCUUAUGAUGGCUAACAGCCCAAAUCUCCGGACUUGGAUAUUUACAUGGAGUUAUGUUAUUCUGUCUCUUGUGGAGAAGUGCACAGGGACCGCGUGUUCGAAAGGUUCUGUGCAGCUGGACUGCGACUACGGCUGUUGCGGCGAUGGAGAUGACACCGAGUGCUGCUCGAUCUCGACGAGCGUGCUGGUGGUGGCGUGCGUGGUGAGUGGCCUGGUGCUCCUGUCCGUGCUCGCUGCCCUCAUCGUGUGCUGCUACAAGAGCUACCGGGACAAUCAGCUCAGCCGUGUACGUCAGCUUAGACAGCAGCAGGAGUAUAAUGCACCCCGACGUGUCGUCGAGCCACCAAAGCCUCCGGCAUACAUAUCGGCGCCUCCCGAGUAUAGCGAGGAGAUGCCGGAAUCGCACUUCCGGCCAGCGACGGUCACCGGCCACGUUCCAGCAAAUCAGCGAUAUCGUGCCACACCAAUGCCGCCAAAUGGAAGGCGCCAACAGCAAGAGGUUGUCCCUGGAGCUAUUCCCGGUUCCGUCGCGGUGACACAAACCUCCGGCAUGCAGCCCUCCAUAGAUACGUCACAGAUGACUCGCUCUCACAGAUCCCAUCACGUGACCGAACCUUUACCUGAGGAGGAAGAACUGCCGCCGCCCUACACGGAAUUCGCCCGCGGGCAGACACCCGCUAGGGCGCGAGAACAUCGAAGAUUCAUUCGGACACCUUCAGUUGGUGAAACGAGACCAGUAAAUGUUACUAACACUGCAGACACAAAUACUUUUGUAACCAACACCGCAAAUACAAAUAGCCAAGAAACUGAUCAUAGAACUACUCAAGAAUCGUUUUACAAUGUGCCAAAUACUAGACGAUCAACCAGCACUUCAGUGCCAUCAGAAACACGAAACGUAAUUACAACGCGUGAUCAGUUACCGGAUAACAAUAGAGUUGAAUCUAGACCAGAAGUCGUGCAGCGAGUAUUGAGAAUAUCACGAAUACCAACCAGAAUAAUGGACUCUCUUCAAACCCGCCCUACCGGCGGGACAGUUGCCGCCAGAGACAACCCCGCAGUCCCUAGAUUGGUCACCCAGCCGCGAAUACCACGCAAUUCGACUCGGAUCAAUGAUUCCAGGGCUCACAGUAUUGUACAAGAAGAUAUCGAAGACCUAGGUGAUAUUUGAGACGUAUUUUGGUUUAAGCCCUUGGUGGAAAAACACAGCCUCGCAUCAUACAUUGCGCUGCAAGGUGUGUUUAUUGUGUUGUGACUGAUAGGCAUACACGUACAUGUAGCUACUUUCGCUGGACGAUACAUUUGUUGAUAAUAAUCACUGUGAUACAUAUUAGUGCUGUUAUGUAAUAAUUGUAUUUACAUUGAUUAAAGAAUAAUUAGGUUGUGCCGUUGUAAAAUGUUGUCAUAAAAAAUGUCACAGAGGAUAAUUGUUUGUUUCAAUCGUAAUAUAUUUAACCGAGUGAAAUACUCACCUUGUGUGUCCACGAGGUGAAAAAUAUUUCUACCUUACACUGAAAAAACAACAACAGUUUUCUUCUUCUUUUUAUUUCAUGUCUAAAAUUGGAGUUAAAAGUCUCGGAAAUGACGUCGUAAAAAUAGUGUCACAGCCCUGUGUGUGUUAACGUUUGAUUUUGAACUGAGGGUUAGGGUUAGGCUUACAUUUCAAAACAGUGAAAUUUUAAUUUUAUUUCACUGAUAAAUCUUUAUAAACCACCGGAAAGCAUAAAAUAAACACUCAUUAUACAA